GAACUGUUCUCUGGUUAUGAAGAAGGUCACACGUGGAGAUGUUGGUCUUUAUGUCUGCAGACAGGUCAGACCAGGAGGACAUGAAGAUGCUAAGGUUCAUCUGUCUGUUGUUUCCAUGACUGAAGAGACGAACAGAGACGAGGUGACGUUAAACUGCUCUGUGUGGACGUAUGAAGGAUGUAAACACACAGUGAAGUGGAUGAAUGGUGGUCAAGAUGUGGACAAAGACAAAGAAGUGAAGACAUCACCGUCUCUCUGCUCCGCCUCUCUGUCCUUCAUGACUUCUCACUUCUUUUACACAUCAAGCUUCACUUCAUUGAAGUGUGAAGUGACCGAUGGAGACAAAGUGAUGCAGUUUCCUCUCAGGAAUUCUCCCCCAUGUGAUAUAACAGGUGAACACACAACAACAACAACAACUGAAGAGGACACAAAAGCAGGCGGGUGGAGGCUCGUCUCUGUGUCCGUUGGAUUAGCAGCACUCAUAAUAAUAGUUGUAGUCGUCAACAUGUGGAUUAGAAUUAAAGAGAGGAAAACACAGACGGAAGAAAACGCUGUGCGUUAUGAUGCAGAAGAUGACACAGUGAACUAUGAAAACAUGAGACCUGCUGCUGGAGUUUGAGCAACACGUCUGCAGAUCAGAUUCAUUCAGCAUUCACAUGUUUGUUGGGAUGUGUUUGUGUUUCAGUAACUUGUCUUUAUAACAUGUGAUAACAAUAAAUAAAGAGCGUCAUGCUACACUGUGCUGUGUGAUUCCUCCAUGUAGUAAGAGCUUCAUGGUGGUCAUUGAAUGUCCUCCCUCUUCUGGUCUGCAGCCUCCCUCCUCUGGUCCACUUGUGGUAGUGAACCUCUCCUCUGAUUGGUUGAACAGCUCUGUUCUCACUGAGCACUCACAUGUUCACAAAGUCACCUGAUAACGCACAGAAAUAUCAACACACUUCUGCAAAGGCAACAACACCUAAAUGUAAAAAUACUCCACUACAAGUAAAAGUCAUGCAUCAAAAAGACACGUGGUGUUCCCCAAGGUUCAAUUCUGGGGCCUUUUCUCUUCAACGUUUUACUUCUAAUACCUCGAAUUAUGGACAUGUUAUUAUUAUUGGUGAAAUCAUAUUUAUGCAAACGUCACACAAAUCUACGCAACUAUAUCAGCAGGAGAUUAUAAUCCCAUAGAAGGGUUUAUAAAUGCAUUUAACAAUCAGCCACUGGAUGUUUCAGAAUGUUCUUCAUCUGCUCUGUAAGUUUUGAGUGUGUAACAGUGUAUUAUCGUUUUUAAUCUUUAAUGCACUGACUUCGAUCACGUUCACAGGAAGUCGGCCAUGAAAAUAGAUCCACCUGAUAUGUGAACUAAGCCGGCCGAGUCAGAGCAGACAAGCCCUGCUUCUUCCCGCUCUCGCUGUGAUCACUGCUUCUAAAUGUCCAAUUUGACUGAAAUGCCUGAAGACCUUUUCAUGGACUAUUCGUCAACGUUGCACCAAAGGAUCUGUUGUUAGACGCAUCGCAUGUGACCUGGAUAUAAAUCAACAACACAAUGAUCAGCGCCAUGAUCCUAAAAUGAGGACUUUUACUUAGUGACACAAAUGUAAAGAUAGUUGGAGACUUCACCGCUCCAACCACAGAAGACAGAAAGCAAAAGAAAACAAGAAGAGUCUUGCUCUGAUUAAGAAGUUUGUAAAAAAAAAAGCAACAAGUGACAUGUGAGAGAAGAGUGAAACAAGGAAGUGACGCUUUCCUAUUUAAAGGAAGUAGAUUCAACAUUUGUCUGAUGCUUGUGUUUACAGGUAAGAACACAUAGAAUUAGAUUGCACGCACUUUGCUGUGUGUAGGUGUUUGUGUGCAGGUAAUCAGAUCUGAUACGGACCUUUGGCUUUAUUGUUGAAUACGUCUCUUUUGUUUAAAAAGCCUGCGUGUUCCAGCGCAUAAGUAACAAGUAGCACCCGAAGACUAAUCCUAAUCCUCCUCUCACAACGUCUCCGUCUUCACCAGUAACUCAACAGAUCAACGAGGACGGGGUGACGGUGAAAUGCUUCGUGUUGAGACAAGGACAGUGUGGACACACAGUGAAGUGGCCGCAUGAAGGGGACAGAGACACGAAGACAUCGCAGUCUUUCUGCUCCGCCACUGCUUCCUUUACAACUUCUUUGUUCACUAGAAUGAAGUGUGAGUUGCUGAAGUGUGAAGUGAGUGUUGACGACGCGAGAAGUGAAGCUGUUUCCCUUCGUACCUGCUCAGUCCUCAGUUGGAGCAACAACGACAACAAAAACAAAAUCAGAAGGUUUGAAACAAAGAAGCUUCCUAGAACUUAGAAUAAAUCAUUAUAUAAUAAAUCUAGCAGCUAUGGUGUAAUUCAUCAAGUAUUUCCCCAACUUCCAGUAACUCGUAACAAGUGUUUUGAAAUCAACGUCCUUCUUCACAGGAAACGUCUGAGUUCGGUUUAGCUGAAGAUUCAGUCUGAGUUGAAAUAAGUUCAGCUGUGAUGUUUGUGUCCUCUGACCUGAGCUCCUCGCCUUCAUCACUUGCAGCAAAGAAACAUGAAAACCACUGUGUUUACUCGAGUAGAAGAAGAGAUUCUUCACCAGCACUAAAGUCAUUUUCUCUGAAAAUAAAAUCUAUAAUCAAGAUUAUUUCUGUUGCCUUGAAAUUCAACAAGAAGCCAGAAUGUCUUUGAUGUACUUUAAGCAGAUUAAGAGUCUAAUGAAUCAGCUGAAAGGUCAGAGCAUCACAACAGAGUUCAUCCUCAGGGGAACAUGGAUGUCUGAACAUGGAGGGCUGCUGUUAACACCGGGGCUUCAUCCUCUGGGGACCACGAGUCACUGGACAAGAGUUCAAGGCAACGCAUCUCAUAGUCGUUGAGACCUUUUCACCCUCGAACUGAACACGAUGGCCCUUGUUGGUUCGCUUGUACGUCGGCAACACAAGUGCAUCAUGGGAAAGGACUCAAAGGGAACGUGAGUCUUAGUGCAGUUUGUUUGUUGCUGCAUCAGAUCAAAGAACUGAAUGCAGAGAUGUGACUUUAAGUUAAGCAACAAGUGGCAUAUGAUGAAACAGAAGAACAAGGAAAUGACUUUACAAUAAAAAGAGGAAGUAGAUUCAUCAUUUGUCUUUAAGACGGAAGAAGCAGAGAGACGAGAGACGGAGAGGAACCAUGGCUGAAUUCAGAGGGAUUCAAACCUCUUUGUUCCUGAUUCUGAUGCUUCAGUUUACAGAAGCAGCAAGAGAACAACGUCUCACUGUCAGAGAUGGAGAUGAAGUCACUUUGCCUUGUAACAGUGUGACUGAGGACCAGAACAACUGUGACUCUACUGAGUGGUUCUUCACUUAUUUAAGAAGCAGACCACCAGUAGUUCUGGUUACAAAUGGGCAGAUUGAAGAAGCCAAAGCUGAAUCAGACAGACUGAGUGUUUCACAGAACUGUUCUCUGGUUAUGAAGAAGGUCACACGUGGAGACGUUGGUCUUUAUGUCUGCAGACAGUUCAGACCAGGACGACAAUAUGAAGAUGCUGAGGUUCAUCUGUCUGUUGUUUCCAUGACUGAAGAGACGAACAGAGACGAGGUGACGUUAAGAUGCUCUGUGUGGACGUAUGAACGAUGUAAACGCACAGUGAAGUGGAUGAAUGGGGGUCAAGAUGUGGACAAAGACAAAGAAGUGAAGACAUCACCGUCUCUCUGCUCCGCCUCUCUGUCCUUUAAGACUUCUCACUUCUUUUACACGUCAAGCUUCACUUCAUUGAAGUGUGAAGUGACCGAUGGAGACAAAGUGAUGCAGUUUUCUCCCUCAGGUGAUAAAACAGGUGAAGACACGACAGCACCAACUGAAGAGGACACAAAAGCAGGAGACACAACGACAACUUCACCAGAACCACAAAGUGACUCUACAUCAACAUCAGGCGGGUGGAGGCUCGUCUCUGUGUCCGUUGGAUUAGCAGCACUCAUAAUAAUACUUGUAGUCGUCAACAUGUGGAUUAGAAUUAAAGAGAGGAAAACACAGACGGAAGAAAACGCUGUGCGUUAUGAUGCAGAAGAUGACACAGUGAACUAUGAAAACAUGAGACCUGCUGGUGGAGUUUGAGCAACACGUCUGCAGAUCAGCUCCACCACCAUCUUCAUGGUGUCCCAGCUGCUGAUGUGGAGCCAGAUGUUGUCCUUCAUUGGGCUGCUGAGGUCCAAUAUUGAUCAAUCGUUCUCUGUCAUGUCACAGGUCAAACGUGUUGAGAAUUCAUAAGAAAAAGAAAAUAUUUGCUUCAUUUCUCUGAUUAUAUUUGUUUUGAAAGGGUUUAUUAUUUUAUUUUAGUCUGUUGUCUUUUGCUUUAUCAGCUGUAAAAAUGUUUCUGCAGCUGCUCACAACACAACAGCUGGAUUUUAACUUAACAGGAAACAUUAUUUAACUCUUAACUUCAUUAAGUUGUCUUUCAUUUGAUUAAGAGGUUUUCUGUUUGUUUAUUAAACUCUGGCAACUUGAGUUCAGUUUCAUUUCAAACAA